GGGUGGAGUCUCCAUGACCCGGUCUGUGUUUGCAUUUGCCUGUCUGUUUGCUAGAUACAUUAAUACAAACUACAGACGGUAGCAAUCCGAGCUAGUUUUGUAUUAUCUGUUUCUAGCCCGAGGUGUUCGUUCCACUUCGGUGAAUCGUAUACCAUUUUCAGGUAGUCAUAUAUAUUAAUAGCUAAGGUGAAAGAUCUUGAGUUUAAGAACUUAGUAGCUAGCUAGAUACCGUCAUGGCAUAUUUCCUUUCUGUGCGGUUUAUAUCGGAACUUAGAAAAUCUAGGAAUCUGUUACCUGUAAGUAAUAUGGUUACAUCCCCAGGCCUGUCCAAUAAUAGACGGUGCUACAGCAGCAAAGUUGGAUCUGAAUAUUUGCAUAAGAGCAUUGUACCAACAAUGCACUAUCAAAAGAGUUUACCACGACUGCCAAUUCCAAAGCUGGAAGACACGAUUACACGUUAUUUGGCUGCCCAGAGGCCUCUCGUAAACGAUGAACAGUACAGAAACACUGAGAAGCUGGCUCACAGCUUCCAAAGUGGGGCAGGAAAAGAGCUUCAUGAGGACUUGGUGGCUCAGGACAAGAAUAACAAGCACACAAGCUACAUCUCUGCGCCAUGGUUCGAUAUGUACCUUUCUGCAAGGGAUUCGGUGGUGCUGAACUUCAACCCUUUCAUGUCCUUCAACGCCGACCCGAAGCCCGAAUACAACGACCAGCUACUGCGCGCCACCAACAUGGUGGCCUCGGCGGUGCGCUUCAUGAAGACGCUUCGUGGCGGGUUCCUGGAGCCCGAGGUUUUCCACCUGAACCCCGCCAAAAGCGACACGGAGAGUUUCAAAAGGCUCAUCCGCUGGGUGCCGCCGGCGCUCUCCUGGUACGGCGCCUACAUGGUGAACGCGUACCCUUUGGACAUGUCCCAGUACUUCCGGCUCUUCAACUCCACCCGCAUCCCCAAGCCUGGACGGGACGAGCUCUUCACCGACGACAAGGGCCGACACCUGCUGGUGAUGAGGAAGGGCAACAUGUACGCGUUUGACGUGGUGGACCGGGACGGGAACUUGGUGAAGCCCGCGGAGAUCCAGUCCCAUUUAGAGUACGUCCUGUCCGAUCCCUCCCCGGCCCCGGCGUUCCCGCUGGGCUUCCUGACCAGCGAGAACCGGGACGUGUGGGCGGGCCUGCGGGAGAAGCUGCUGGGGGCGGGGAACGCGGAGGCGCUGAGGACGGUGGACAGCGCUCUCUUCUGCCUGUGCCUCGACGACGAGUCCAUGCGGGACCACAUCCAGAUAUCCCACAACAUGCUGCACGGCGACGGGUGCAACCGCUGGUACGACAAGUCCUUCAGCAUCAUCCUGACCAAAGACGGGCAGGCUGCCAUUAACUUCGAGCACUCGUGGGGAGACGGCGUCGCCGUCCUCCGCUUCCAGAACGAGAUUUUCAAGGACACCACGGAGCGGCCCCUGGUCGGCCCCGGCUCCCCGGCAGCCGCCGUGGAUUCGGCCUCCGCGGUGCGCAGGCUCGAGUUCAAACUGGACGGCGAGCUGGAGGGCGGCGUCGCCAAAGCCAGGGAGAACUUCCGGGCGGCCAUCUCCAAGCUCACCAUCGACGCCAUGGAGUUCAAGAGAGGGGGAAAGGAGGCGCUGAAGAAGAAGAAGCUGAGCCCGGACGCCAUGGCGCAGCUGGCCUUCCAGAUGGGCUUCCUGCGGCAGUACGGGCAGACGACGGCCACCUACGAGUCCUGCAGCACCGCGGCCUUCCGCCACGGCCGCACGGAGACCAUCCGCCCGGCCACCGUCCACACGCGGCGCUGCGCCGAGGCUUUCGUUCGCCGGCCGAGCCAGCACUCUGUGGACCAGCUGCAAGGCAUGCUGAACGACUGCUCCAAAUGUCACGGGCAGCUCACUAAGGAGGCCGCUAUGGGCCAGGGGUUCGAUCGUCACCUGUUCGCAAUGCGCUACCUUGCAAAUUCCAAGGGCAUGCCACUGCCUAGUCUGUACCAGGACCCAGCGUAUGCAGCUAUAAACCACAACAUCCUCUCCACCAGCACUCUUACCAGCCCUGCGGUUAGCUUGGGCGGGUUUGCACCAGUCGUGCCUGAUGGAUUUGGGGUGGGCUAUGGGGUCCAUGACGAUUGGAUCGGAUGCAAUGUCUCUAGCUAUCCAGCUCGCAACGUCCAUGAAUUCCUGCAGUGCGUUCACAAGUCCCUGGAGGACAUCUUCACUGUUUGCGAGGGCAAGUCCUUAAGCUAGGGAAAGGAGAAGCGAGAGCCAUCAUCGCUGUAGGGAAGUAAAUGAAAAGGCUUUGCAAAACUGUGUGAUCUGUAUUGGGUACCACUGGCUCUUCUCUAAACAUUUUCCAGUACCAGUUAGGGCCUUUUUCAACAUGGCAUUAAUAACAUGCAACAGAGACUGGCACUUGGCUUGGAGUAAAAGAAAAAUCUCAGGUUUUAUGCUAGGUAUCCGUUACUGUCAAUUAAAUAUUAAUACAUAAACGGUUGUUGAUUUUGAAGUGUAAACAUACAGAAAUUCUCUCUUCAGAAGUCUUUUCCCCAUAAUGCAGAAUACUGAAUGAAGGGAUCACAUUUUUGGCUUCUUUUUGUCAGUGAAAUCCUGUACUAAAGUUUAAAUGCUGGCUUUCUAAUAGUGCAACUGAUGUGACUGGGAUCCAAGUAUGUAUUAGUAAUUUAUUGCUAAGUGAAUAUGAAAAAAAAAAAAGUUGGGCUUGUUUUGAUACUGUGCCUUAAAGCAAGUCAAAAGCCUCCUUGCUUAGAGAUUAUUUAUCCCAAGUAGUCUAUUUUGUUUGAUAAAUCGACUGCUACAUGACUUUUUUUGUAUUUUGCUGGAUGUAAGUCUUCAUGUAAAAAUUAAUUGCACAUUAAAUCAUGACAAUGUCCCCCAUUGUGUAU